AGUAUUGUUUAAUUCAAGUCUUUAUAGCCAUAGCGGUUUACGUGAUACAAGAACGAACGCACACUUCUGCUAUUCUAGUCGCAUAAGUAAAAUCUCGAAGACCUAAUUCAUUCAAAACUUUGCAAGGGUUGAGAUCAGAAAAACAUCAAAAACUUAAUUCAUAUCCUUAUGGCUUUGUUAAAGACUGUGGCAAUCAAGGUUAAGCACAGUCCUCAAAUAAUACGCAAAACGCUCUACAACAGUUCGCCAAGUUUCUACCGCAAAGUGAGGCAGAAUUGCAGGAAAGGUAAGUUGUUUUUUCUUGGCGUUAAUUGCCCGAGCACGAUUCGUAAAACAGACCUAAGAGAGUGAUCCGUGAACGGCACUCGCGCCUUAACCUGGAAUGUAGCAAAAAUCCGGGUAAAAACGAGAAGGAAGUUUUUCAAUUUUCGCUCUUUUUCUACGAUUAUUGAGCCUUUUAGCAGCAUGGACGAAGAUCGAUUUCUCUCAACCUAAAAGAGUAAAAAACAACAUCAUCAUCAACAACAAAACCUCCAACACUCGUUGGCGCUCUUAAUACCAGCUAUACCGGGUAAUUUCCGGACAAUUUUUUUAGUCGUACUGAUGUACUUUUUGGUCGCUUUGUGGCCGAUCAUUCUCAAGAGUUUUGUGAUUGUUAUAGUCAGUCAUUCCUGUUCGAUCUCAAAGUUCGCGACGAACCAUCGAAAACAAGUUCUUGCGUGAAUUCGAAGAAGGCUUUAAAGAAUUGUUUUAAAUAUCUCUCCAAAUUCAUUGAAAGGGUUUAUAGAGGGCUUUGUACCUUGUGACGUCUGAUGAAUAGUAAACUCCCGGUCUUUUAAUUGCUUUUCGCUUCCCUCUUUCUAGGUUUCCGCCAUUUUACUUUGAGAUGUGAAUUGUUCCAGUAAAGUUUCAUUGGGUUUGUUUGUUUUGUUGUGUUCAUUGACAUACAGAAUAUUUUUGUCCCGGUAGGUAAAAAUCAAGAAGACUGGCUUCAUGCUGAGGAUUCACUCAUUGAAGGAAUACAUUUUUAUGUCAAGGUUUGUUAUUGAAAAGUUGUUCUCCUUUUGUGUACAUUCAUGUUCAGCCGGCCGCCGUUUCAACGUUUAAAUUACCUUUUUAAAUCACGUUCUUUCGUUUCUUUUUUAGAUGCUUGGCUCUUGCCCUGUGACAAAAGCGCAUGGUCCCGGCUGCGCAGAUGAAGCUGUAGAGAAGAUUGUAACUAAUACGAAGAAGGUUUGCUUGCUUAUUCGGUUGUUUUUGUUUGAAGAUUAGUAGUAGUAGUCUCCUAGCAACAUUUCUAUGAGUGUAGACCCUCAAAUACUCUUCAGAGAUCUUCAUAUGUGGGUUAAUUAUGGACAAGCAUAGAAUAUUGGGUUUCCAUUUUUUGACGUCCCCGGGAAAACGAGUAAACGUUGGUUUGAAUUAAUUAGAAAACUGCCAGAGGAAAGUCAUUUUAGCUGGGUUGAAAGGUCAUACCACAAAACUUAUAUACCUCUAUAGUUUUGAGACCUAUAUACGUAUUGGCCAAUUGAGUGUAAUACCGUUUUCAAAAAAAAGAAAAAUCUGCAGUAUUUGAUUGCUGAUAUUUUGUCAGAUAUAGCAUCCAAAGUACUAAAACCAAAAAUAUUUGUUCAAGCAGCUCUUUUAUUUUCGUCGAUUUGUGAUAUUGGAAAUUAUAUUAAGGCUGGUGAAAGGUGAAAGAUUUUUCUUUUUCAUCAAUCUGUUUAUUUAUUCUGUCUCUAUUAGGUAAAGAACACUCCUGCAAGUGAAAGUCUUAAGAAAGUUCUAAUUACAGUGUCAACCCGGAAGUUAAUGAUACAAGACAUGCUUACAAAGGUAUUUUAAAUAGUGCGUUCAAAGUGACUACAAUUUAUCCGAAUCGCAGGAACACUAAAAUCUACUCCCAGUAAGGAUUUAGGAUUGGCUUAUUAGGCGCAGUUUUUCGCUACCUCUUUGCACUCAUAAUUUAUAGCACCAAUUUCCUUAAAUUUGUCAUCUUCAAGUCAUUUUUAAAUAGGGUGAGUAAGUGAAAGUAGAAGUAAACGUUAAUGUGAGAUUUGUCAAUUGGAGGCUUUGAGUGGAGAAAACAGGAAUCCUUAGCUAUUUUUCGUGGCACUUUUAAACUUUUAAUUUCUUCUUUCGUCAGUCUUCCAUGACAAUCAAAAUCAAGUUGGCUACUGUACUAUGUACAUGUACGUAAGUUGAGCUAGCGCAGCGCAGAAAAUGUGCUCGUACUGCAGGACCUACAGUUGUUGUUUUUGUUGGUGGUGAUGUUGUUUUUUUUUUUUUUUGUCGUGUUCGUCAUAUCGCGUGAUCUAAGUCUUGCGCAUGCGUACUAAGGUGAAAUAUGAGAACACUUGUUGUGUUGAUUUUCAGCGGCAAUGCAAAGAAACGACAAUAUCUCAUAAUCUACUCAUUGUAGACUUUCACGCAAUAAGGCAAAACUCCUUUUUGUAUUGCUUUUCAGUCAACAGAGACAAACAUUAAUCAGGAGUUUUCUGACACAACGAAUUUUCCUUGACAUCUGUUUUCUGUUUGUUACGAGUUAAUUUGAAAGUAAAAGGAUUGUUAUUUGCAAAUUGUUCUUAAAUUGGGUGCAAAUUCAUAAGGAAAUUAGUAAACCUAGUUAAUGCAAAAUUCCAUAGUUGUUUCCAGUCAAUCAUCGAUGAUGCCAUGGAAACAAUUAGUACCAAAUUUGAGUUUUUACGCCUGUAACGUGUCGUGUCAUGAUCAAAACUGUAAGAAUCCACGUGAAGUCAACCUAUUUUUAGCAAAGUACUUAGCCCACCGACCACAGUUGUUUACUUUUUUUUCAAGUGUCGUAAUAUUAAUGCACGAUAAGCGACGAGUUUUACGCCGCGAGACUGGAAGGAUUAUUAAAACAUCUGAACGAGACUUUUGUGUCAUGGCCAUUACAUCUUUGUUUAUUGUUUAUUGUUUAGUUCUCAUUUUCUGUAUACUCCGUUUUUCUUAUCUUCUUAGGAAAAAAUCAUGGACAUUCCUAUUUAUCGGUAAGUUUUCAACACCUCCAUAACUCGUCGACCCCAAAUUGGCAUCAAAUCUACAUGUACGUCACGUCUCUGCGUCUUGAACAAAUUCUGCAUUAAAUAUGUUAAGUUUCUCAUAAUAAUCUAAGUUCAAUCAACGCAAUCCUAAACCGUUUUAACCUGAAACAUUAUUUACUAUAACAUUUUUGCAGUUUUUCACAGGUAUUUUGAGAUUUCUUAAUCCUGAAUCCGGAAUCCAAGUUCCAGUGAUAAGGAAUCCGGAAUCCACUGCGUAGAAUCCAGAAUCCAAGAAUUCCUUGGAUUACCUUACAUGGGGCUACAUGCAAUUUAUUAUUAUUUUCCCCUAAAAGUAGUUUCAGGGUGUGUUACCCGUCACGGCACAAACCAAAACUAAAUUCAGCGGGGUAAGCCCUGGCAAUAACUCUGUCCAGUCGACAUCUAAGUUAUUUUUCCUCUCUGCAUGCAGGGUUUCCUACUGUGUGGCGGAUCCAAACUUCACCAAAGUGUUUGCCUUCAUUUCUCGCGUGCAAGGAAAACAUGAUUUAAACUGCUACGCUUUUCUGUGCAGCAAAGAGUCAAUGGUAAGUAGAAAAUGAGCUCAGUCUUAUCGCUCACCGCCACGAUCAGGAGCGUUAUGAAUGACUGGCGGUAAUCAAGAGAGAAAGAGGCUACUCUUGCCAGAUAUCUGUUGGAUCGUCGACAAAAGAAAAGACCAACUUCGCUCUCUCCUCUGCAGAGGCCUCUUUGUGUCUUAGGGAGGCUGGGGAGAGGGACAAAAAGAAAGCGCGCGGUGGACGAUGGGAAGGGGAAAGAGAGGACCAAUAAGGUUUCGUCCUCAAAAUAACCUCGCAGCAUGACACAAAGUCAAAAAUAGAUUUCAAAUAAUUUUCAUAGGAAGAGGAUCAUUGAUGGGGGGUUCGUUUUCUUACCUCAUUCUCUCUUGCGGAAAUCUAUUUGUGUGUGUGUCCUUCAAACAUGACAAUUGUCAAUGGCACGAUCCAAGGAAACUAAUUGUGUUUUAGUAAGAGAAAGUACAUUUUUUGUGACUGUUCGUGAAUUGUGAGCAGAAUUUUCGGCCAACACUCCUACGCAUUAUUUCAAUUCAGAUGCAAAGAAAAUGUUUCCAGUAACCAAAAAAAUAACUAAUUCAGGGAAGUGUAUUGCAUUUUCUGUUCUGCACGUUUUUGGGAAUAGAUAAUUUCAAGAGAGAGGUUAAUUUUUGAACUUUACGUCUCCUUUUUAGGCUCAAGCUCUUGCAUUAACCAUCGCUGAUGCCUUUAAGCUUGCCUACGAAAAUUACGAGAAAGCAAAAUCCUCCAAGAACUCAGAAAACUCUCAAGCUGCGAAGAAUGAGGACAAAGAAAACUCUGUAGAACCGAAAACCUUGGCAAGUAAUGGAAAUGCGGACAUUUACGCGACCCCUACAAAGCCGAAAGCAUCUUCGGACACGCCUGUUAUUCAGAUUACCGAAGAUGCAUCUUCCCAUGAUAUGAAGACCACCGAAAGGAAAAUGAAAGCAUUGGUAAUACAUUGUUUCACAAUACUUGAAUUGUAUUGAUUUUCUAGGUAGACUCCUUGUAUUUCUUACUUUCGAGGUCUUUGUUCAGCAGUUAAACUGUCUUCGUUUGACAAUGCGCUAUCUUAUCCGCCGUUGUUGGAAAUUCUACUCUGCUCUGAUUGACUGCGUGGAAGAUGAGGUUAAAAAUAGCCAGAAAUCGUUAAGUCUUAUACCACAGACGGAGGUUCCAGCGCCAGUGAUGGGCUCAUAUGGAAAGUGAUAACAAACGUCAUAUGGUGAUUGUAAUCAAUAGGGCUCGCAAUUGCGGUCUAUCUUUUAAAAUGAGUCUUAAAGGCCAAUGUAGACCUUAAACGAACAAUUUAUUACAAAGUUGUGACAAAGCGCGCAUAUGCCAUGUGUUCGAAUCCUGUUUGGGUUAAUAAUUGCUAUUACAACUGCGACGAUCAUAUCUUCGCUAUAUUUGCAGUUCACAUCUCUAAAAAGAUGUUAUAUGGUGACCUUUUUUUCCUUCUCGUUGCCGUUUAGGAUCUUGCUGUGGAUGAUGAUGAUUUUGAUGCAGAAUUUACCAAGUACGUUUUAUCCUCUUUUCGCUUAAUUACAGUGUAUGCUGAUUGUGCAUUCAUAAAAUGAAAAAAAAAAUCUAUUUUCUUUCACAAAAGCUACGUCCUUAUGCAUACACCAUGGGUGCGUAAUAGUCUCCAGUCUCGUAUUGGCCCUGUGUAUCAUCAACACCUUUUUUGGAAAUUCUGGUCAGUGGUUUUGCCGUAGUGUUGGCGUUAACCCUUUCACCCAUAGAAAUAGAUAGCCAGGGUUAAAAAAACUCCCAAGAAAUCCAGGUUUUAUUCUUUUCUUUUCUUUUCUUUUUUUUAUUUGUUUUUUUUUUUUGGAAAAUCCAAAAUUUUCCACUUCUAUGUUUAAUUUGAAUGGUCACACCAUAGCAUUUUCCCCACAGACUCGAAAGUUAGAAUUACAUACUAAAUGAAUAGUACCAUUUGAAAUUACUGCUGAAGAAAAACUCUUGAUUGGUCGCACCAUAUAAGAUUUCCUUCACCGGUUGAAAUUUAUGUUAAAAGGGACAAAUUAUCUUAUCAUGAUUUCAUUUAUAGGUGAAAGCUUAAAGCAAUAGGCUGGCUAAAGUACCGAAUCUGAUUCUCAGUUAACUAAUACUGGCUCAUCUUGCUUAAUACACAGGUUGGCGGAAUCACGCUCCAAUCCAACGUUGUUCGAAACGCCAGUGAGAAGAAGAGAUUUUUUCGAUGACGUCAAUUAUCUUGUUGCCACAGAAACUACUGCUAAAGAGCUAAUGAUGUCCAAAUCACAUGAAGAUCUAUUUUCAUUGUGAAAUUAAUAACAAGUUUUUUACGCUUUUGUUAAUCUGAAAUAUGAAAAGACAUACACACAGAUGCGAACUACUAGUUACUCAAUUUCUAGUACGUUAGGAAUAACUGAAAAAAUAAAUAGUAAAAAGUGUUCAGGGAACUUUUUUGCCAGGAAAUUUUCGAUAUGUACUCAAGUUAAAUUUUGGGGGCGGGGGGGGGGGGCACAAUUCUCGGUGAACAUAAUAGUUACAGACACGGCCAACUCGUGAUUUCUAUUGACACAGUAGACGAAAGGGAAGCUUCUUCCUCGCAUAUUGUAUUCUAUAGCAAAUUUAUUGAAAGACUGUCAAUUUAGCAUGCGCCGAUAUUAAUCGUUUCUUGCUGUAUGCGAACUGAAUUUUGGAACCAAGUCAGCCAAUCAGAAUACUGGAUUGCAAAUGACUGAUUUGUCAACUACAUAUAUUUUCAUAGCCAAGAAAUUUGAAAUUGAGGGGCAGAAGUUUCAAAUAUUCAGCGAAGUUUGAUUUUUCUCAAGUAAAGUGUUCAGAAACCGUUUUUUGCGUCGAAACGUUCGCGGGAAUGGACUCAUGUUUAAUACGAAAAAAAAGUUCCGAUUAAAAAAAAAAAAAAACAUUUGCAUACACGGAUUAGUGCGGCGAACAGCCCAAUUCCUGAGGAGGUUGAUGGAAACUGUGUUCGCCAGGAGCGUAAUAGAGAAAAUAAUGCCGCCGCUCAUUUAUUAGUCGCUGUCUAUUUAGUGUUAUUCUAGUUAGAAAACAGGGCAAAAAUAUUUCGUAAUGUAAGUACAAGUUUAGUAUUUCUUCCUCAUCUCCCUUGCUUUUCGAUGUCAUUCAGAGGAGAAUGGGGAGCUUAAAAGCUCUGCGAUACAAUUCUCUUUAACAUUAAGGAAUCCCUCAUUAUGAUUUUGCAAAAAAUUAAAAGAGAAAUCUCAUAGCAUGAAAAGGUACAA